AUGUCAUGGCCUAGCCGUCGAGAUUUAAGGCGAGAGAUGGGAUUGAACGAUAAGGACUGUAAACAGGCAAAAUUUUUGGGGGCGAUGCUAGCAAAUCUUGGCUAUUUACGAAGGCUUGGAAUCGAUAUGGAACAUGUAUUCUAUCGUUAUGCAGCAAUGACUAUUUUCAAAUAUGUGUUUCGCACAACCGAUGAUCAUUGGUACGAUGCGGCUCACAAGGCGAUGUGGUGUUUGAUGGUCGAGCCAUCAAAACGACGACGAUCCGCCAACCUCGAAAUUCGAGUAACGUAUUCUAUCAUUCCACGGGGUCGCUAUCUAUACAUCUAUGCAAAACUGAAAGGAGAGCUGGAAGAGAAAUGCAUUAGGUUUGAUAUGAUGGAUCCGCAGCAUAGACAAUCCUUUGUAGAUAUAAUACCGUGGGCAACAAGGAAACACCCACCUGUUCCGCCGAAACAUGCCGCAGUGCAAAGGGUUAUGGGACUGGAUAUCAAGAAAGAACGGAAACACAAUAGAUAUCGUCAAGCGAGCAGAAGAGCACAGAAUACGAAUGGACCGACUCCUCUUAGAGAUGUAUCGAAUCAGGCAUAA